UCACCCAUCAAGGUCAGCAAGGUCAAACCAAAAUGGCGGCCACCAGGAAAAACGACCGACUGUUCAGUUCCAUGCUUUCCUCUCUUGCCAACGUCGUUCUCGUCGAUCCCCACAAGAGAAUCGUAGUCUACUGGUUCGUGCUCAUCCCCCUGUCCAUCGUACACGACCUCAUCCCCCUACCGGAGUCCUACUUCUCCAACAAGGGCAACGUUUUGAACCAACACUUCGUGAAACUCUCGUGGGCUUGGACUUUGCUCGUGACUACUGUUUUCAUAGCGCUGACGAGCUACGUGUACACGCUAACCAACACGUCAGCGGUCUUCAAACACCUGUCGCGGCUUCUGGUGGGAACGGGCAUCUGGUUCGUCUUUACGUCUAUUUUUGACGCCGUACUACACUACACCGGCAGUUGUACUGAUCCAGACUACACGGACAAGCGGACAUGUGUGAAAGCUGGUUUUACGUGGAACGGUUUUGACAUCUCGGGCCACGCCUUCCUUCUUAGCUUCUGUGCCUUGCUCAUCACCUCGGAACUCUCCGUCUUAAAGACGUGGGACAGGCUCCAAGAAGCUCUCGAGGAGAAAAACAAAGAGCGCGGCGGCUCGAAAAAGAAGAGAGGUACUAAAAGCAGAAACGAAAUUUUGACUCAACCUCAGGACGAUCGCGAGACUAGUCUGGAGUUGUACUACAGGCUUACUCCCAUCGUCUCGGUGUUGUUUGGUGUCCUCAGCGCGUUGACCUUUCUGUGGGAGUUCAUGUUGCUGACCACGGCGAUCUACUUCCACACCAUCAGUCACAAGUUGGUUGGCCUGGCCUGCGGGACGGUCUCCUGGUACCUCACCUACGGGCGGUGGUACAAGAACGCCUUCCCCGGUCUGCCUGGGGACGGCCCGCUACUCAAGGGCUUACAACGCGACAGGCAUAUCUUGUAAUGCAUCAUGUUGUGAUGUAAAGAAGAAAAGAGGUUAUUUUUGAUGUUACAAAAUGUGUUAUUGGUACGCAUGAAAUGUGUUCAUUUUUGUUGUAGCUUGAUUUUAGUACAGCUACCUCUUUGAUUUAAAGGCAUCCAUUGCAAUUGC